UUUUAAUAAUUAUUUUAAUUUGUUUUUUAGUUUGAAAAAAGAUCUGCUAUUUUAAUCAACUAACUACAUUACUACCGGUUUACAUUUUUAAACAUGGAUUUUACUCAAUAUAACUACCCUGAUAUUGAAGAUAACAUUUCUAUAAGCUCAAAUAUAGUUGAACAUGUGAAUCCAUUAGCAGAGGAAAAUGUUAUAGAUUUCAAUGUGCAAAAAGAUGAAGAUGAUAAAGUUAUGACGGCAAUGGAAAACCUUAAUAGGUGUGGUAAUGGCAUUGCAGUUGAAAAUGCUAUUGUAAAAACUUUGAUCUUGGUUCCACCAAUAUUACAGGUUGAGGAAUCCCUGUUAUCUCUUGGUAGUCAUGGAAAUGUUGAUGGUAUUUCCCACUGCUUAUUAAUUAAAGUUGAUGUUUCCGGAAAAGAAACAUUUCUUGCUAGAUAUUUUGAGUUUGGCAGUUUCACGGCUUACUUUGAAAAUGUUGCUCUUGGAAAACUGAAGCAAAAUCUAGGAAUCGAAGAAAUUCUUCCAUACUGCACUUUCACAAUAAAAGAUGUUGAAAUGGAGAUAGUACUUAAAAAUGAAACCUUCUGCAACAGAGCUAAGAAUAAAGAUAGUAAAAGUCGUCUUCACAAAAAUAGAAACUUCAAUAGAAUAAUAUAUGAUUGCAAGGGAGGGUUGAAUGAAAGUUUAAAAAAGUUAUCAAUUGCAUUGGAUAAGAAUAAUUCGUGCGUUUGUUACCAGUUAAUUACUGUUUGUCUUUUUAAAGAUCAGUUGUGGGAAGGUAAUAGCCAAGGAAACAAAAGGUUUUUUGUUUGUCAACCUUCAGAAAAAGCUGAAGAGUGGGAAAACAGUCUUAUGUUCCAUCGGAGUAAUCCUCAAGGAAACUCAAGCUAUGGAAAAUUAUGGACUGCAAUACAAGAAAAUCCAUCUUUAGAAAAUCAAUUCAGUCUUCUAUCUGAUCUUCCUAACCAUCAUAAAUGGAUGUGGGAUAAACUGGUAAAAAUUUUGAGAUAUGAGCUGAAGUUUUCAACUACUUGUCGAUAUUUUCCCGGAUCACCCAGAAAUCGAAUUCUCCAGGCCUUUUUUUACCGAAAUAAUUAUGUUAACAUAAAAAGGUCGUGUUUAAAAAAUAUUUUUAACAUAAAAGAGACGUUUAAGUAUCCAUCAAGUAAAGGAAACCUAGCUUUUAAAUCAUCAGUUGCAAAGAAGAUUCGGUUGUCUUCUUUAGAGAGCAUUGUUGACUGUUCUGAUAAUUCAAGUUGUGAAAAAAAAAUUAUUUCAGACAAAAUUGAGCUCUCUGAUUCAAGUAAUGAGGUUCAUUUAGUUCAGCAUUUAGGCAAAAAAUGCAGCCUUUAUGAGUAUUUUUGUGCUGAACUAUUCAAUCGUGGGGUUCUUAGUUGGCGUAUUCGUGGACCAUCUUUAAGUAUUUGUGUAAUGAAUAAUUACAGUCAUGAGAGUGGUAAUUUUCAAUUAGCUUCAAAAUCUGGUGUAGAACGAUAUUCAGUAGUUUCUGAUUCAUGUGCAUUUGUUACCGUUUUCCAACUAUGCAGAUCUUUGCGAAAAGUAGUAAAAUGCCAUGAUUCGUUAUGUCGAAUAUCUGAAGGAUAUACACGACAAGUUAACAAUCUUGACAAAGGUAUCUUGUGUCCGCAUCUGAAAGUUUUUAGGGAGCAUUUUUAUCUCAUUCAAAACACAAAUGAGUGGAUUAGCAAUGACCAAGAUGAAUUUACCCUUGUUGACGAGUCGGAAGAUAAAAUGCAACUACCAAAAGAAAAGUGGGAGGAUGUGUUUGAUGUAGCAUCUGGUUUGUGGACCUUUGGAUUGAAUGCGCCAAGCAAGAAGACUAUUUCCUCUGAUCAAUUUAAUGAUAAAUUUAGUAGUGAUAUUGUAAAAAGACAGUCUGCUUCAAAUGGGUAUCCUUUUAUGCCUUCUGCUGAUCUUGGGGUGUGUGAAUGUGGUGCUGGGUGGGUAUCUGAAUCUUUUUCAAAUGGUGUUACUGAAUUCUACCAUAAAAUCAAUAUGUACACCGACCGUGAAGUAGUUGAGUGUGAUGUUUAUUUGCGCAAAUGUUUAUCCAAUAAUUGCACUGCUUAUUGGGAUGGAUGGGAAGACUCUGUUUUUUGUUUGUCUAAAUCUACUUGUGCUGGUUACGAAUU